AUGGUAAAGGCAAACUCAAGUGUAGAUGAAAAAAUUGAAACACUUGUACAACUGCGGUGCUUGGAAGGCUGGACAAACGGAAUACACGGAGAAUUGACGUCCAUUUCAGCGCUUAACAUAUUUUUGGCCGUUACUGCAUUUCUUGGAAAUACUCUAAUCCUUGUUUCUCUGCGGAAGGAAUCUUCCCUUCGUCCGCCCUCAAAACUCCUACUUCGUUGUCUGGCCGCCACUGAUCUUUGUGUUGGCAUUAUUGCACAGCCUUUCCAAGUUGUUUACUGGCUGUCGCUGGUUUACAAGGAUUGGAAUCUUUGUCCCUAUGCUCUUAACACGACUUUCAUAACAGGCUAUACUUUGACGUCGGUGUCCAUGUUAACACUGACUGCAAUCAGUGUGGACAGACUCCUCGCGCUGAUACUUGGGCUGAGAUACAAACAAGUUGUAACUUUAACACGAACGUAUGCUGUGGUGAUUACUUUUUGGUUUAUUUCCACGCUUGCUGGGACAUUGUACCUUAAAGAUUACAGGAUUACUCUGUGGUAUGGCUAUAUUGCCUUACCGUCAUGUCUGGUAAUUACCACUUUCUCGUAUGCAAAAAUUUUCCACUCACUUUUUCACAACCAGAAUCAAAUACAUAUUAUUCCUCGACAACGACAGCAACUAAAUCAAUCGGCGCCUUUGAAUUUAUGUCGAUACCGAAAGGCAGUGUACGGUACUCUAUGGCUGCAACUGGCAUUGGUUAUA